AUGGUGUGGACGUUAAGGUCACUGACUAUGCUGCUGUUCCUGGCAUAUCUACAGGCAAUAGAGGAGGAGGAUAUCCGAGCUGGCUGCAGCACGGCGGUGAAUGACCUAGUCUACAUCAUAGAUGGCUCGUGGAGCGUGGGCCACAGCGACUUCAAAAAGGCCAAGAGCUGGCUCGUCAACAUCACCAGCGGCUUUGACAUCAGCUCCCACUACUCACAGGUUGCUGUGGUGCAGUACAGUGACACCCCUCGUCUGGAGAUCCCCCUGGGGAAGCACCACGGUGGCCCGGACCUCAUCCAGGCCAUCGAGGGCAUCAGCUAUCUGGGCGGGAACACCCAGACGGGCCGAGCCAUCAAGUUCGCAGUGGAUCACGUGUUCCCGUCCUCGCAGCGCGCCAGCACCGUCAAGAACCGCAUUGCGGUGGUUGUGACGGACGGGAAGUCCCAGGACGACGUGGUGGACGCUAGCGUGGAGGCGCAGGCGCAAGGCGUCAUUGUGUUUGCCGUGGGAGUGGGCACCGAGAUCACCACCUCAGAGCUGGUUUCCAUUGCCAACAAGCCGGCGGGGACCUACGUGCUGUAUGCCGAGGACUACGCCAACAUAGACCGAAUCCGAGACUCCAUGGAGCAGAGGCUGUGUGAGGAGUCAGUGUGUCCUACGCGUAUCCCGGUGGCUUCCAGGGAUGAGAAGGGCUUUGAGUUGAUGCUGGGCAUGAAGAUCCACCAGAAGGCCAAGAAGAUCCAAGGCUCUCUGGUGUCUGAGGCAGCCUUCUCCCUGACCACCUCAACAGACAUCACAGAGAACACAAGGGAGAUCUUCCCUGAGGGUCUGCCUCCGUCCUAUGUGUUUGUGGCCACGGUCCGUCUCAAGGGUUCAGCCAAAAGGGACAAGUUUGACCUGUUGAGGAUCCUUUCUAAAGAUGGCGUCACACAGGCAGCAGUGACACUGAACGGAGUGGACAAGUGUGUCACCUUCACAACCACCAGCACCACCAACGAGGAGCAGCUGGUCACCUUUAAUGUGCAGGGUAUUGGGAGCCUCUUUGAUGAAGGCUGGCACCAGCUGAAGCUGCUCGUGUGGCCCCGGCAAGUCACCGGUUUCCUGGACGACGAGCAGAUCCAGGAAGUGGCGCUACUGGAACCGGUGGAGCCAAUCUACAUCAACGGCAAGACGCAGGUCGCCAAGAAGUUCGGGGCGGAGACCACAGUCCCUGAUGAUGAGAGGAGUGUCACUGACUUCAGUGUGUAUCUGUCCCAGUGUCCCCUGGACCGUGAGCCCACAGUGGAGGAAGUGGAGUGUGACUGUGCUAAUGGCAGCUCAGGACCACCUGGACUUCCUGGACCUAUGGGAAACCAGGGUGAGCCUGGUAGGUCUGGAGAACCUGGGUUUCCUGGCGAGAGGGGUGAAUUGGGCCCACUAGGACCCAGCGGGGCUCCGGGUCUGACGGGUGGUAAAGGCGAGAGAGGGGAUCCAGGACUGCCGGGGAAACCGGGCCCGCCAGGACCAAAGGGUCCUGCCACCUCACAAUUAAACCUUGGCUCUGUUGGAAUGCCAGGGAAAAUGGGACUUCCAGGUGAGAGGGGAGAAGCCGGACCUCCGGGAGAGAUUGGACCAAUGGGGGGACCGGGAGUGCAGGGCAGAGCUGGACCGAUCGGGCCGGUGGGACCAAAGGGAGACAAAGGAGAUAUUGGAGUGUCUGGUGCUGAUGGACAACAGGGGGUACCGGGGAUCCGGGGGUUUCCUGGAGAGGCGGGGCCAACAGGAUCUCAGGGAGAGAGAGGAGCACUCGGGCAGAAGGGAUCAACAGGGCCAAAAGGUCCACAGGGGAUUCAAGGCCCCCAGGGAGACCCCGGAGCCAGUGGACACGAUGGCCCAAAGGGCAGCGAGGGGGAGCGAGGUGCCGAUGGCUCUCCAGGAAUGCCAGGCCAAAAGGGCACACCAGGAGAGGCAGGAUUCCUUGGGUCCCCGGGCACUAAUGGCCUACCUGGGUUCAAAGGUCACAAGGGUGAAACUGGAGAGGCGGGUCCCCGAGGAAGUCAGGGCGAACGAGGCACCGAUGGAGCCCCUGGGAACCCCGGCAUACCGGGUGAAGCUGGGCUCAGGGGAGGCAAAGGACAGAAAGGCAUCACGGGGGACAUCGGUGUCAGAGGCACCGAUGGGAAGAAAGGGGACAUGGGACACGUGGGGGCCGCCGGCCCACGGGGAUCUCCCGGCGAGGACGGGUUGCCUGGGCAACCGGGAAUGACGGGCUACCCUGGGAAGCCUGGGAAGCCUCCCUCCGAUGACCACUUGAUGAAGCUCUGCGGCGAUGUGUUGCGGAAUCAGCUCCCCCAGCUGCUGCAGACACUAGCCCCUCUCAGCAGAUGUGAGCCGUGUGAGACGGUGAAGGGACCCCCGGGACAGCCUGGAGCACCAGGACUCAAAGGUUCCUCAGGAACCCCGGGCUAUCCCGGUAGAAUCGGCUCACCAGGAUACACAGGACCCCCCGGCAUGCAGGGGCCCCAGGGAGUCAAAGGUGACACUGGACCAAGAGGACUCAAAGGCACCAAAGGAGAGGGUCGUCUAGGGUCGCCAGGGCCUACUGGACAGUCAGGAGUUCAGGGGCCUCGCGGAUCGGAUGGCAUCGGACGCCCGGGCCCUCAGGGGAUGCCUGGGAAGUCAGGAAGUCCCGGAAUGCCAGGGAAACAAGGGUCAUCAGGACUACCAGGAGUGUGUGACAUGUCUUCUUGCUACCAGACCUACAACCUCAGGAACGACCCCUACAGCAAAGGGCCCAAUUUCUGAGAGGAAGGGGCCCCUAGAAGGGAGGACAGGCUUCAAUGUGGGGGUCAAGAUGCAUCGUCAUACUUAUAAGACAGGGAUGUCCAAUCUUAUCGGCAAAGGGCAGUGUUUAGCUGCAGGCUAACACACCUGAAUAUGGAAUAAAGGUCUGCACCCACACUUGCUCUUUGCAGAUAUGAUUGGACACACAUGCUUUAAGGCCUUCUCCACGGGGACCAGCAGACGUUCCACAUAUUUGUUCUAGCCCUGAACUGGCACACCUGAUUCCAUUAGUCAAGGACUAACUGAAUCAG